CUCUCUCUCUCUCUUUCUCUCUGACAUUUCGAGGAAGCAUCGAUCCACCAGGGUUAGGCACUGACAAGUAGACGAUUCCUGAACGCUUUGAAAAUUCCUCGUUCGUGCAGAAUCUCAUAGAUGAUCCGCGCGGCGCGAUACCACCCUCUUCCUCGCCACGCGCCUCCAUGACGUCACGUGGAACGAGGUUGCCCGGUCGCUCGCGGAGUAACAGGAUACGCAAGCUGCUGCAGUCGGAGUACUACGAAUUUUCCGAAACGAUUCUGGUGGAAUCGCCGUUCGCGGAGACGACGAGAAAUGGUCGUGGGAUUCGUCAGGUUGCCCUGGGUCUCACGCCGACUAGGCUGAUCGUUGCGGCCGACAUCCUCCAGAUUAAUUCCAAUUUCCUUUGUCCACCUGGUAUCGACGCCAGUAUCGAGAGCUUCGAACUCGUGUCCGUGUAUCCCUUAGAAUACGUUACGCUCAGUGUGUUCAGGAGAAGACACUCGCGCGUUGCCCUUAGAUUUAUUGACGGUCGAGCUAAUUAUUACGAGCUCGGCGGUUCACGGCGCAGAGUUUCUUGGAGGAUCUGGUGCGAGCAAGUUCGAAGAUUGCUGGCGUACAAGGGAAAUGGUAGUUCGUUAUCCGAAACAACGGCGGCAAGCUCGUCGAGUAGUAGCACUUUGUAUUUACUAUCUUCCGAAAUCGAAGUCAGAAGCAAUCGCAACGCGAAAUGCAAGAGGCCGAUAUUCAGGUGGCGAUCGGUAUUAUGGAGCCAUUAUGGAGGCGCCGGCGAUUAUGUUACUCCCACGUGGACCGAGAAGGACUUGUAUCUCGGGCCAUCUUACAACGAGUUGAUGGAUGGUCACUACACGCCGGUUCCGGUGAGAUUCGCCGGAGCUAGUUUGGAGGAUAUCAAGUACGAGCUGGAGGAUCGCAUGUCGCAUUACGUCGCCUGCGAGAAAUCCUGCCGCAGCUGGCCGUGUCAGACGAGGUUCGGCGGUCGCGCGAGAUUGCAACGCGCCGACGGACUCUGCAAUGUUCUUUUCGCAAGAAAUCGCAACGUGCGUCGUUGCGAUUACGCCGCGAGUUGCAAAAGUUCGCCUUGCAACAUCUGUCAACUGGACAACAGCGUCGGCAUCGAUAUUCUUGGGAAACACAGUCGAUGUUGCGGUCGACGAAACAUGCUCUCCGAGGAAGAGUUCAUAGAACAUAUGGAAAACAAGUACGGAAAACGUCAACCGCAAUAUCGGAAGGGACCAAGAGGAUCUUUAGCGUCGAAAGUGUCGCGUUUCGGCUUCGGGAUACCGGAAAAAUGCAAUUCCGAAUUGAUUCUCGGUCCUUUUCGCGGUGAUUCGGGUUACGUUGACGUCGUCAAUCCUCGCAAGCUGAUCGAGAGCGGCGUGACGAUUUGGGAGGACAAUUGCCGAUUCUUAAAGGGUCAAAAGCAUCCACGAAGGUACGCCUUAUCUUCGGCGGCACAUUUUUUCCACGCGCUCGGCCCAUGGUCGGUACAGCCUGGUGAACGCGAAACCGUGCAGACUCUCCGAUCACCAAGUGCGGUCAAUAUCCGGAAACAGCCGUCGGAUCCGGAGCUGAGACUUCCGGUCUCGCGCCGUCAAUUGACAGCCAGCGUCUCGUGUGCCGCUUUGACAUCCAACGGAUCCAGCAUCGUCGGUGCCGUCACUAGAGGACGGGUGAUACUCUUCUGGACGCCGGAAUAUUGGUACAGACCUCAAGCAGCGGCGGUUGCCUACAGAGAGCUGAGGCAUCACUUGACGUCUCUUCAGAACUUCCGACGCGGAAAGGAGAGGCAGACGAGAAGAAAGUUCUUCUGCCGACGAAAGAGCCGGGUCUCGGGCGAGAACGGUAAUUCCGAGACUGUCAUUACGGGGAAAUCUAAUAGCCUCCUGGAUCGUGUGCUUUCUAUCCAUGGUGUACGCAAACGCGACGAGAAGACGAGCGAAAAGAACGUCGGCGAGGGCACGGCGUACCUGCGGAGAUUGUUGAGGAUGAACCUUCGCAUCACCGUGUGGGACUUGGAUAGCACCACCCUCGCCACGCAACUCACCUCGAUCGAUCGCGAUCUCUUCGUUCGCAUUCCCGCGACCGAGAUCGAGGUACUGAUCUAUCAGAGAUCGUCGCGCAACGCGCCAAAUCUGGGCGCGUGGAUCGCCUUCAGCCACCGGAUCUCCUGUCUUACCGUCAGCGAGAUCCUCGCGAUCAAGCAGCUCGAUAUGAGAACCAGAAUUAUGGCGAGAUUUAUCAACGCCGCCGACAAAUGCCUCGCGCUCGGCAAUUUUCAGUCCUGCAGGUCCAUCCUGGCUGGUCUGCAGGCUCCGCCGAUCUACAGGCUCCGAAGAAGCUGGUCCUAUCUGAGAAGUCAUCACGCUAGCAGAUACGCGACGAUGGAGAAGUUGUCUAAGAUUUACAAGAAUCCACGCUGUUCAAAGUACCAAAAGACUUGGGCCACAGCGAAACGCAAUCCACCUUACAUGCCGUACGUUGGUCACUUCCUGAUCAAAGUUCUAGAAUUAAAUAAUCCGAGAAAAAUUCAAACGGACGUCGUAUCUUCCACGAGGAAACAAUCAAUCUCGCGAAUUGGUGGGGCUUCAGAAUCUUUAUCCGUCAAUAAUCAUUUCAACGAUCUUUGCUUAGAAGAUGACAAGAACCUAAUGGAAUCUAAGCAGAGUUUGGCCAGACGUAUUUUCGCAGCGACGUUGGCCAGGAUAAAAUUCAAAACGCGUCAAAAUAUUACUGACGAAACCAAAAACAAUAUCUGGACGUCCAGGCAACGUUAUCUCGCGCGUAGAUUUUUCCAUCGAUGGCGCGUGAUCGUGUUGGAGACAAAAAUACGUUUGGAGAACGUAGAGACGAAAUUGAAGAAGAUAGACUCGAGGAGAAAACGCGUUCUCGACGUCGCAGCCUGGUUAACAGACUGCCAGAGAUUCGCGUUAGGCUACAAUUUCCCGCUGAACUCAUUCGCGUGCGAAUUUCUUUUGAAAGCGCGCUACCGGGAGGACCGCGAGAACUUUUUUAUCAGCCUCAAGCUGGAACCACCAAAAACCGUUUGAAAUACAUUUUGAACUUGAUUUAAGCAAGAUUUUGUCAACGGCAAUUGACACGUGGCUCCAAUUUUCGUCGUGCGUUCGUCUCAAGAGUGAAGAAGAAUUGCGAUUGUCUUGUUAUUUCGAACACAAUCAGGCAGGCAAAAUAUUGGUACAUUGAUAAACUGCGCUGAUUACUUAUGCAAUUAUAAAUAUUCUUUAUAAUUCUUUAUAAGAAUGAACCAUUCAGUGUUACAUAGAAUUUACUCAGAAGCGUUUUAUUUGAAGAACUGACGUAUCUACAUGCGCUUUGUAUGAUUAUUAUAUUGCUAUAUUACUUUAAUAAAAAUAAGUUUUCAGGUAUUAUAAACAUUAGCUAAUGAUGAGUACUGAUUGGUAUUCUAUAU